CCUCGUCAACUAAGUGCCGCAAGGCUCGACACCCCGCUCACUUAUCUUGAUGCCGUCUCGAAGACAAACACCCAUGUUCCGCAACUUCUAUCAGCAUGGCGCCUUACAGCAACAUUAACAGCAGAGAAGAUCUAGAAAAUGAGUCCUUCUAUCGCACUCCAGCCUACGGGCCCGAAGACAUCAUUUGUCCGGGUUCAGACAUAGAAGAGACACCCGAGGAGACGAGACGGAAACGCCUGCGAUAUGAAGCGCAAGCACGACGAUACACGCGUGGUCAUCGCCCCAUUCUACUGUCUGCGAGCCUCCGAGGCCCUUUCUCUAAAGAAAGUGGAUGGACAAAUCCUUGGGGUUGUCAGCGAAGGAAACGGGUUCAAGAUGGACGGCAAAAGGGGCUGGAAGCCACGAUCUCUUCACGAGCGGAGUCUCAACACUCUUGGCGCUGCGAUGAAUCUUCAGCUAUGCCUACAUGGGAGCGAGAACUUAGUGAUCUACGCCAGAGAAUCUCGCAUAAGGAAUAUGGCAUAUCCAUUCGAUCCACAUCCCAGGAGAAAGAAACCGCUCAUGGAAUGGGCUAUGCCAAUCCUGCAGAAGUGCUUGCUUGGCAAGCAAGAGCUGGCGCUGUGGAACGGAUCGCCGUUGGGGAUCGGUCUGUGCAUCCAGAUCAUAGGAAAGAGCAGAUAUCUGGAGAGCAAUCCAUGAUCACGUCAACACAAGAUAGACCUACCUUUAAAGUGUCCGAAGUUGGAGAAUCCUCAGAAGCGCAAGCAGCGGAUUCUAUGAUCAACCACUACAUGAAGACACCGCAUGCCGGAAAUGACUCGGACUUCACCCGAGGCACGAAAAGAGCGAGCGACUCGCAAUGGCUUAUGGGAUCUUAUGUUUCCAAGCGUGCCCGAUGGGACGGGCCGGUUCAUUCGUCUCCUACACCAGCCCCUGAAUCUAUAGCUCUUAGAGAUCGCGAGCGGAGGUAUGCUUCUGCUGGUUCGGGACAAGAGAAAGGGAUCAUUAACCCUCGUCAGCCUAAGCUAGGUGCUCUACGUUCAUUGUCAGAAAGAGCACCAAGAAAUCCUACGAUCAAGGAAGCUCUACAACACACCCCGAUCUUCUCGGCACAAGUUGAGAACCAAAUGAUAAACCAUUCGAACCCAACGGGGUCCGGCUUUUCUUCGAUGCCGGUGAGCUUCACCUCCCCACAAGCUGUCGCAGACCAAGAGAUGGACAAGCUUCAGGGAUUGCCGCAAGAACCGAGGUCUGGAUCACGGACGUCGUCCAAAAGAACGCCGAAGAAGACUUCUAGGAAUAUCAUAGACCUAUCAUCAAAUCUCGAGCAGGAUGACUUGAUUGCCAUCACGCCUUGCCCGAAGAUUCAUGGUACGCCAACUACUUCUGGAAGCAACUUGCGUAUGAAAGCCAGUAGUGCUACUCUACCCAAACUUCCCCGUUCCGGUGACGAUAACUUCACGGCUUUGGGCGAUGAUAGUUUUGUUAGCGAGGUAGCACCCUCUUCUCGAAAUCUUGAAAAAUUCCAUUUCAAAAAACGGAAGAGGCGAACGAAGUCAACUGAACAUGAUAAAUCAACAGUGGACAAUAUUCAGGAUGUAGCCCCAGACAUUACAUCUACCAGAGAAGAAGUCUGCAUCCCUGUUAAUGUGGCAAAUCCCAAACAUACAGGACCCGAUGAGCUGCAGGACCUUUUCAACAAUGAGGGUUCGCAAGAUGUCGAACAUCUAGAUCUAAAACAUGGUUCCAGCGACCAAGAAGAUGCAGGAGACGUUGACGAUCUGGACGAUAUGGAAGAUUCAAGGCUUCUAGAAGCUCCAGAAGACUUAGAAAUCACUACAGGCCUAGGAUCCAAGGAAAACUCGAUAUGCGAUCAGAGUGCACAGCAAAUAGAUCCCGUGGAAGGCGCAGAGGGUAAAAACAAACCUACAACAUACUCAGAGCCGCAACUUUUGCUCGCUCAGAAUGAAGAGCCUGCUCCAAUCAACAACGAAGCUGAUGGGAGCUGGAAUCUGGGCGAGAUGUCUUUCCUCCGUGCUGUGCUUCGUGCUGCAGAUUCGACAAACAACACGCCCUCCAACAAACAAGACAGCAUACCGACACAAGGGCGUCCGCUUCUCUCACUAAAUGAAGCCGAAAACAGCAGUCGUCAUUCUGACUAUCUCGCUAAGUUCGAAUUCGGCGCUUCACACGAUGUACCCGACUCUUCCUAUCAGAGGUCAUCUUCGUUGCCUUUACCCGCUCAGACAUGUAAAGCCUCUGAUCAUUCCGUUGAAGAAGAGAGUCGAUAUUCAGAUCAUCACUCCCAUACCAAAGUUGAUUUCUCUCACAUACUUAAAUCUAACUCUUCACUCGAAAAGCUACCUCGAAAAGAUUCGCCCUCUCCAGAAGAUACCUCAUUUCAAAGCCCAGGUGAUGAGAAUAGCCAAGAAUCAGACCAGUUCACAGAAUCCAAGACCAACCCCAAUCAACUCAAUGCAGCAAGUUCUCCCCAUGGAACAUUUCCUCCAACGUCUAUACCUUUGACCAAGCCAUCGCAAGAUCCAAACGACUUCAGUACACAGUCAUACAAUACUACGCCAUUCAAAUUACAACGGAGUGUACGUCCACCGCAUUCCAAGAGAAUCAUGAAACUAUCAGAUUUCAAAGCCCAGUCCUCAGGCCCCUGCGAAGCUAUAUCGAACGAAAAACAAGACACGAUGGAGUUGAUCCAACUGGAAUUAUCUCAAAUCUGUCCCAGCAGUCGUCCACAAUCUGUCGAUCUAAGUGAGCGCGGUAACGAUGACGAGGACGGCGAUAGCUUUGAACAAUUAAACGAAGCGAAUGUUGGAGUUGAAGACCGUGAUCCUCCAACAAGGGUAAGAGGACGAGACAGCAAUGAGUCAUCUGUUGAUCACAGUGAGAGUUUUUGUGAAAGUGUUGAGAGUCAGCUUGAAGGACAGACUGCGCCCCCAGGCGAACAAUCGGUUGAAGUCCAGCCUGAACAGUUAGAAGCCCCAGCACCAGAUGAUACUCCAGCAGCCCUCAUGGAGCCAGGAGCCACGGGCACUGUAGCGAAUGAUGUAACCCAGGAGAAGAUCAACUCUGAUAAGGGAUCAGAAGAACCAUCAGAAACUAGCUGGGAAGGCUGCGGGCCACAAAGCCCAUGGGCAACUGAGGAAAAUGAGAUAAUAAUAGUGCAUGCUCCUGAGAAUAAGGACCAAUCAGAAGCACCGCACUCUGUGGAAUCAGACCUUGAGAUCUCCCUUCUAGAAGACAACGUGCUGGAAGCAGACAACGAGCUUGAUAUUUCUUCGGAAUGGCAACGCCUUGAGGGACCACAGACUCCCGAGAACAGCGGAUCGAAAUCCUUCAAUGGGCCCAUACCUUUAACAGAAACCCCGAAGCCCGAGGAAAUGAUCUCCUUGGAAGCUUUAACGAGUACCCAAUUACUUGUUGAUGCUGCCACAAAGAACCCUUGGACGAGCAGCCGCAAAAGACCUACAUCCUUGAAAGCAACAAAACGAGUUUCCUUUGGUAAUUUAUCCUCACACGACGGCGAGGACUCCCAGCCCAUUGUGGUAAAGUUUGGGGCCGCAUCUCCUCCACCGCCAGAGCGGCCUAGCCAGGAAGACGUAUUCAACAGUGGUACGACAAGUGUUCCCAAAUUCCAGAAACACUUCAAGAGACAGUUUAAGAAACUUUUGCCGGACAAUGUGGCCUCACCUGUCAAUAGCAGUCCUGCAUUGGCGGCCCAGGCUGAAGCUUUUAUCGCGGCAGAUCGAGAGACUUCUAUCGAACAAGAGUUUAGCACCAAUUACAAGACACCAACUAGGCAUCUGAAGCCCCGAAGUGAGACGGACAGUAAUACCGCGUGGAGGCAACAGAGCGAAGCCGACAUACCCUUGCCAUCGUAUUCGAGGUUUGAGAGAAGUCCCAGCCCUCCCGUCAACGCAUCACUGGCAGGGUUUGAUAUGGAAGCUGCUCUUGGAGAAGCAGGAAACUUCUUGGAAGACUGGUCGGUGGACUCGGAACUCAAGAAGGCUAAAGAGUCGGGUACGAGCCGAGGGCAGAAGAGCAAUGGUUAUCGCAGAAGAAGAUUAUUCGGAUUGGUGUAAAUAUGGAUUCACAUGGACGAUCGCAAGGAUAUGGGACAUGGAGAUACGCUUUGGGAAAGCUAUCCCAACGCAUCAUUUGGGACGUGACAGCAUUACAGGUGUUCAUUUGCUUUAAGAUACCCGAAGAAGACCAACAACCUGGAAUGUAUCAUUCCAUGGAGAAAUGAGAUACUAUGUCUAUCAGGCAAUUGCCUUGUGCUACACAUCAAGUCUCUCUCGAUCUCUUGCAGGUUACACUGCCAAGUCAAUGCCAGCGCAGUGCCCAAAUCCAGGGUUUGAUAUCAAAU